UUAAUAAAUGAACUAUAAACAAAACCUUAACAAAGUAAAAGUAGAAUUCGCUGUCUCUCAUAUUAUUUCACGAAGUUAGUGUAGUUCCUUUUAUUUCAUAUUCAAGAUCUUUAGAAAUAGAACUUGGAAGUUGUAAAGGUUCAGGAUAUAAUUUAGUUAUUUACAAACGAAAAUAUUCGGGUGAUAUAUGAUAAGAAAUAAGAUAGGUCAUCAGAAGCUAGAGAUGAAGAGCUACCUGGCAUAGUCAUUCUAUCUCCGAUAUAUAUGCCACUUGUCAGCUAUCCAGAGCAUUCCAAAGUUGAAAACUGAGCUAAUGGAUAUCAUGAAAAGAACCACUGUACAAGACAUGGAGGAAGAUAGUUGGGAAUCACUGAACUUAAAUGUUGAACUACUGUCAGCUAUAAACCAAUUUAAUUUCAAGUAUAUGACACCAGUUCAGGCUACUUGUAUACCUCAAUUUCUGUCUAAAAAGGAUGUAGCUGUGGAAGCUGUGACGGGUAGUGGGAAAACUCUGGCAUUUCUUAUACCAGUUUUAGAAAUAUUAUUACAGAGAUCCAAGAACUUAAAGAAGCAUGAGGUAGGGGCAAUCAUCAUUUCACCAACGCGAGAAUUAGCCUUGCAAACUGAUGAAGUGCUUGCACAGCUUCUUAUCAAGUUACCUCAGUUUACCCAUCAACUUGUAACAGGUGGUUACAAUCCAAUGUUUGAUAUUGAACACUUUAAAGAAACUGGAGGAAACAUUUUAGUGCGAACUCCAGGUAGGUUGAUGGAUCUCCUGAUGAGCAAGAAUUCAGACUUCAACCUAGCAUCACAAGUAAAAUCUCUUGAGGUUCUUAUACUUGAUGAAGCAGAUAGACUGCUGGAGCUAGGUUUUGAAACUACGUUGAAUAUGAUCCUCAAGUACCUCCCAAAACAACGAAGGACUGGUUUGUUUUCAGCUACACAGACACAUGAAGUUGAUCAUUUAAUUCGGGUUGGUCUUCGAAAUCCAGUUUGUAUCACUGUGAAGGAGAAAGGUAUCAAUGAAAACAAUGCAAUACGGACCCCAUCAUCUCUUACAAAUUAUUACACAAUUUGUGAUCCUAAUCAGAAAUUCAACUGUUUAGUGUCAUUUCUUCGUGAUCAUCAGCAAGAGAAACUUAUUGUGUUUUUUAGUACUUGUGCUUCUGUUGACUACUUUUCUAGACUCCUUGAAGGAAUACUGAAGAAACUCACCAUAAUCAGCAUUCAUAGAAAGAUGAGGAAAAAACGUCACAACCUGCUUAAGAACUUCAAAGAUCUUAAUAGAGGAAUUCUACUGUGUACAGAUCUCAUGGCUCGAGGUAUUGAUGUACCAGAUGUCCACUGGGUUGUUCAGUAUGAUCCCCCUUGCUCAGCAAGUGCCUUUGUUCAUCGCUGUGGAAGAACUGCCAGAAUUGGAAACAAAGGACAAGCACUACUGUUGUUGUUACCCACAGAAGAAACGUAUAUAAGUUUUCUCCAACUGAAUCAAAAGGUAAUUUUGGAGAAGAAGGACCUGGGAGAGACAUUUUUUAAUGUUCUACCUAAAGUGAAGAAAAUGAGCAUGCGAGACAGAGACAUCUUUGAGAAAGGAAAAAGAGCAUUUGUAUCAUAUAUACAAGCCUAUUCCAAGCAUGAAUGUCAUCUCCUGUUUAAGGUGAAAGAUUUAGACCUCGGGAAAUUAGCUGAGGGAUUUGGACUACUUAAGAUGCCAAACAUGCCAGAAGUGAAAAGACAAAAUGUGGAAGGCUUUGUUGCAACUAAUGUGGAUAUCCAGAGUAUUCCUUUCAGGGACAAAAGAAAAGAAAAGGAACGUCAGAAUAAUCUGAAAAAUUUUCAUAAAAUGGGCCCCAGGAAAAAAGAUUUCAACUUGACAAAAAAGUUACCUAGACUAAAGAGUAAAGAAAAGAUAUUUGGUAAAAAGGAAGUAAAUACGCUGAAGCAGAAAAGAAGAAAGACUUGCAGUUGGAGCAAUGAUGAAUUAGAAGACCUAGCUCAUGAUGCUCGCUUGAUUAAAAAGCUUAGAAAAGGAAAGAUAAGUAAAGAAGCAUUUGAAACCCAGUUUGACUGUUAAAAAGAAUUCUUUGGAAUCACCUGAUAAAACUGUUCUCUUUGUAUGAUUAGUAAACUGUUUAUAUAUAUAGAAAUAAUAAUAAUAAAAACCUUUCAUUACUA